AUGCACCCCACGCUCAUUUCUUCCACUUUCGUGCUCUUGCUUGCUACCACGGGGGCGAGCGCGCAGACAUUGGUCAACGGCCAGAUCUUCACCAAUGGCCUGGCCAUCGUCGACGCCCCCGCUCCCAACAGCCCUCUGCACGCCGGCUCGGCGACGCCCAUAGCCAUCGACAUCUCGGGCGACGGCCACCUCGACCAGCGCGCGUCCGUCCCCGGCUCGGGCGCGUCCACCCGGUUCGACAGCCUCGAGCUCUACCUCGUCUCGUACGCCACCAAGCUCAACCUCACCGUCUCGUCCGGCCCGGGCCUGCUCGAGCAGGAGCAGGGCAGCACCGUCAAGCACCUCAGCUUCAACGUCUCCUCCUGCGUCCCCGCCGGGGACUACAACCUCACGCUCUACGAAGGCUCGCACAUCGACGGCGCCGCCUACUUCUCCAUCACCCCCUACCCGGUGACAGUGAUGAACGACCGCCCGUCCGACGCGUGCACGGACGACACGAACGCGCUCCAGGCCUUCCCGCAGCAGUCGUCCCCGCCGCCCCAGACCCCGUGGCUGAACGGCACGACGGUCACGACGACCGCCAGCGGCGAGAGCCGCCUCCGCCCCGCCACCGCGAUGGUCUUUCCGCUUGCAGCGGCGCUCCUCGCGCUCGCGCUCUGA